AUGUUCUCUGCCCAGGAGCUACAGCUGGCUCAAGAGCAAGAUCCAGUUAUCUCCAGGGUGUUGCCCUUUGUUUCUGCCAGGAGACGACCGUCUAGGCGAGAAAGGCAUGGUGCUGACUCGAAGGUCCUCAGAUUGUUGAAGCAAUGGGAAAGGCUGGAAGUCCAUGAUGGAGUUCUGUAUCGGGUCUCAAGAGAUCCAGUUUCCAAGCAGCGACGAUCCCAAUAUGUGUUGCCUCAGAGUCUAAAGGACAAAGCACUGUCCGGCAUCCAUGAUCUGGCAGGUCAUCAGGGCCAGGAUCGUACUCUUUCGCUUGCAAGACAGCGUUUCUAUUGGCCUGAUAUGGAAAAGGAUGUGAGGGCACAUGUAAAAUGCUGUCAGAGAUGUGUGUUUGGGAAGUCACCGGAACCAGCUGCUCGCGCUCCUCUGGAGAGCAUCAAGAGCUCAGCUCCAAUGGAGUUAGUGUGCAUGGAUUUCUGGACUGCCGAAGACAGCAAGCAGCGGUCCGUUGAUGUUUUGGUGGUCACCGACCACUACACCAAACUCGCUCAUGCCUUCCCUUGUGCCGAUCAAACGGCAAAGCAGGUCGCAAGGAAGCUUUGGGAUAAUGUGUUCUGUGUUUAUGGUUUCCCGGCGAGGAUACAUUCCGACCAGGGCGCCAAUUUCGAGAGCAACCUGAUUGCGGAGCUCCUCCGUUUGGCUGGUGUUGCAAAAUCCCACACGACAGCUUACCAUCCGAUGGGCAAUGGGGGUACCGAGCGAUUCAACCGCACCUUGGGCAACAUGCUCCGAGCCCUUCCCCUAAAAGAAAAACAGCAAUGGCCACAACAAGUCCAGACCCUCACGUUCGCAUACAACGCCACCGUCCACGAGACGACGGGUUACGCUCCAUUCUUCCUCAUGUUUGGGCGUGUCCCUAGGCUGCCGGUGGACGUCAUGUUCAGGCGGGUUCUGGACGACCCUGAAGUUGCUGACUACGACACAUAUGCAAAAUCCCUGCUUUCUUGCUUGAAAAGUGCUAUGGAGAUCGCUCAGAAACAUACUUCCUCUGAGCAGCAGCACCAGACCCGACAAUACAACAAACGAGCCAAGGGCACCUUCCUGUCAGUGGGAGAUCGUGUGUUGGUGUCAAAUAAAGGGGGACGAGGAAAGAGGAAGUUAGCCGACAAAUGGGAAGAUGGAGUGUACACAGUGGUUGGAGUGAAUCCAAGUAUCCAUGUCUACAAAAUACAGGAUGCCGUGGGACACACAAGAGUUGUGCAGAGGAAUCUCUUACUGGAAGUGAACUUCUUGCCUCUCCCUGGAUUGGACCAAGCCGAGUCUGCUGAUGCAACUGAUCAGUCGUGGGCUGAAGAGGAGUCUGAUAAGGAAGAUCGCGUCUCUGAUGAUGAUGAAAUGGCUUCAGUGUCUGGAGAAUUGACUCAGGGUGAACAUGCCCAGGACGUGUCAGAUUCCAGAGAUGAAGAGGAGCUCUCAAUCUCAUCACUUGACGACUCACCUGAGUCCGAGUUGGCUGUUGCAGAAGAGCAUGCUCAGCCUAGUCCAGCACUCUGUCCUGCUGCUGUUAUCAAUGACUGUCCAUCCAUCUCAGUCGCUCCACACAGAGACACAAGGCCAGCCCAGCAUGCUGACACCUCAGGUUGCACUGACUCUCAUGCACACGCUGAGGAUGAUGGCAUUGUCAGAACACGUGCUGGAAGAUUGGUGAAAUCAGUGAACAGAUUGAUAGAAUCUAUGGUUCAGAAACCAUUGUUUGAAAGGUCCAAGUUUUUUAUGGACGGCCGUUCCCAGCUGUUUUAAAAGUUGGGCGUGACUUAGUGUUGAAAGUGCUUAUGUGAUACAUUUUCAAAAGGGGCCAACUAUGAGGUUUUAUAAACCUGCAAAUGUCUAUGGACUAUGUAUUUUGGGCCAAAUGCUGUGUGACGUACGAGGCGUCACAUCAAACUAAGGGGAAUCUAGAGAUUUGAUCAACCUCUUUCUUUCCUGAACCUUGUGUUAAGGUAGCUUUCAAGUUGACUAUGUGGACAAGGUCCAUUGUUCAUUUGUGCCAGGUUGUGUCAGUGCUAGACUUUUUGUACGCCUGUGAAGACAUCCUUAAAUCAGGAUGUUGGUGAAUUUCAGGAGGGGUGUAUGUAACCAGGGUGAAACAGCGUUUUUUAGUUGUGUUGAAAUGUCACCAAUGCUGAUUUAAAUGUACCAGUAUAUGUUUAGGUACAUUUGGUAACCUGUUCCUUUGUUGAUGUGUUUUUGUACCUGUACUGUAGCUUUAAGAGAAGUCCGUGUUUUGUGACGUGUGUGUGGCGCCAAAGCUCAGAAGGCUUUUUACUGUCUGAGCGGAGGUAUGUUGUUGUGUUUCUCGUCAUAUUUUAGCAUAUAGGUCGUUUUGUGUACAAUGAAAAUGUUUAAUGUGUAACUAAGUGUGUUGUGAAUUAAGUGUGUGAACAUGUUACAGCGCUGUUUUGUUAGCUAGCACUUAGUAAAUGCACUUUUUGAGAGUUUUUGUUGUGUACAUGUGCGUCCGGGUAUUACAGUGUUUCCUCUUUAUUUGUUUGCUAGGAGGGAAUGUUGGUCCCGACUACGACCGUUUAUACUAUUGACACGUUGGUUUCUUUGGCUCAUACAGAAGCGAAUAAAUGAGAGAAAGCCAGCCUC